AUGGCUACGGCUAAGAGAGCUAAAGCGAAAGCUGCCAGGGCCAAGGCCGCGGAAGCUGCCAAGGCAGCCAUGGCGAGCGCCUACGAGGCCGAGUGGUCAGCAAGAACAGAGGCCGCACGAGCCGCCAAGGUAGCCAAGGCGAAGGCCGAAGAGGCCGACGAGGCUGCUAAGAUAGCCACCGCGAAAGCCCAAGAGGCAGAAGAAGCCGCCGAGAUUGCCAAAGCCAUGGCCGAAGAGGCCGCCAAAGUGAAGGGAGCCAAGGACGAGAUGAGGCGGCGGCUAAAAGAAGAGGAAACGGAGUGCGAGGCAGAGUGGUUUGCCCCCAGGUUCCGCCGUCACUGGAACCCAUUGUACGCCAACCGCGGCGUCCGCACCUUCCUCCAAACCACAUCUAUACCCGCCAUGCGUUACACGCACCCUGCUUCAGAUGACAGCCCCAAGGCCAUGGAAGGUUUGCAGAUCGUCUCGGUCAAAAUAGCAUCGAUCAAGGACCCUUUACACUGGCCACUGCAAGUGUAUGGCGUCGUCGCCGCACGCGAUGUAUUGGAUCACAAGCGCAACAUUAUCUUCCACCGCUCCAGGAAGAACUGCCAAACCAUCACCCCAGAGGAGCCGUAUCUUGCAUUGACCGGCCCUAGCCGCGCCAUUGCCGUUACAGUGGACCCUUCAUACGUCGAGAUUUCGCUGAAAGUCAAGGGCGCCACUAAAGCCGAGGAUAAAGAUCUGAGCGAACUAGCUAUGAUGUACAGAGCUGGGUGUGUUCUAAGCGGUAUUUACCCUAGCAGGCUCAGCACGUUGGAACUCAAGUUCGGCCACAUUGCUCGCUCUGUGGAGGCUACAGUCUCUAUAAAGCUCAAGGCUGGGUCAUGGCCAUCUUCUUUCCGAGGUGUAUUCAGUGCUGCCAUUGGUACUCGUGACGACCUGAAAGUCGAGUUACUUGAUUCCGGGGAUGAUGGUUUGCCCAGCGAUGCCGAUGGCGUGAUCAAGCUCUCGCGGCGUGUGGUUUCUGCUGGACUCGGCAUGCCUCUGAAGAUUUCUAUCGUGGCAAGUCCAAUUCAUCAGGAUCAAGUCGUUGAGUGUAGGGAAGCAACUUUUAAACCCGAGAGAGCCAGUAUAAGCCUCAGCGAGCUCGGUGUUAGUUUCUGUAGUAUGGAAGUUAGCGUUGCUUGGUCAUGUUUCCGUUAUGAAUGA